AGGACCUGUGGCUGUGAUCAGUGGUGAAGAAGACUCUGCAAGUCCUCUCCAUCACGUCAAUCAUGGCAUCAUAACCCCGUGUACAUUGGACGCUGGACCGGACGCUGUGGUGAUAGGCAUGACUCGCAUUCCAGUGAUCGAGAACCCGCAGUACUUCCGACAUGGGCACAACUGUAACAAGCCUGCUACUUAUGUACAGCACAUUAAGCGUCGAGACAUCGUGCUCAAGAGGGAACUGGGCGAAGGGGCCUUUGGGAAGGUGUUCCUGGCAGAGUGUUACAACCUAAGCCCCACUAAGGACAAGAUGCUGGUGGCUGUCAAGACCUUGAAGGAUCCCACACUUGCAGCAAGGAAAGAUUUCCAGCGUGAGGCCGAAUUGUUGACCAACCUUCAGCACGAGCACAUAGUCAAGUUCUAUGGCGUCUGUGUGGACGGAGACCCACUCAUCAUGGUCUUCGAGUACAUGAAACAUGGAGACCUCAACAAGUUCCUCAGAGCUCAUGGUCCAGAUGCCAUGAUCCUGGUUGACGGACAGCCGCUACAGACCAAUGGAGAGCUGGGUUUGUCUCAGAUGCUGCACAUCGCCAGUCAGAUCGCAUCAGGGAUGGUUUACCUGGGCUCUCAGCACUUCGUGCACCGCGACCUGGCCACACGCAACUGCCUGGUGGGGAAUGGGCUGCUUGUGAAAAUAGGAGACUUUGGGAUGUCGAGAGACAUUUACAGCACUGACUACUACCGGGUGGGAGGACACACUAUGCUGCCCAUUCGCUGGAUGCCACCAGAAAGCAUCAUGUACAGGAAGUUCACGACGGAGAGUGACGUGUGGAGUUUUGGGGUCAUCCUCUGGGAAAUAUUUACCUACGGCAAGCAGCCAUGGUUUCAGCUGGCAAAUAAUGAGGUAAUCGAAUGCAUCACACAAGGACGGGUGCUAGAAAGGCCACGGCUCUGUCCCAAGGAAGUGUACGACAUUAUGCUGGGGUGCUGGCAGAGGGAACCACAACAGAGGUUAAACAUCAAAGACAUCCAGAAAAUUCUUUUUGCCUUGGGCAAAGCCACACCUGUCUACCUGGAUAUCCUGGGCUAGUGUUUGUUGGGAAUAUGUGUGGAUGUCUGUCUGUCUGCGUCCGUCCAACAGAGGAACGAACAACAUGGGAUUGACCCAAAACUACAUGUACCUUACUGCGCCACUGUCAGACACCUACAACAUGGGGAUGGACUUAAGUGCCUGCUACUCCUUUCGAUACACUGGAUAACAGUCUUUAAAAGCACUUUUACAUUUUGUUUACCUGCAUAUAAAGAUGUACAGUUCUACUGCAAGACGAGGAGUGUCCUUUCAUGAUUUGAUUUCCUUUCGUCUUUUUCGUUUGGUAACAGCAGCCUACUUUUAAACUCCAAAAAAGGAAUAACGGAACCAUCUGCUCCCUCUCUAAAAAUGGAAAAUGGAAAAAAAACUAAAGUGGAGGAGGUUCCUGACUGCUUGACAACUCUCUGCGUUAUUACUUGCUUUUCAUUUUAUAAAUAUAUAUAUAUUUUUAUUUAUUUUUCUUUCUCCGAGUGUGGAUGUAUGUCAUUUUUCUUGCUAAGGGUGUGUUGCCUUUCGGAUAUGACUGCUUAGUCAGAUGAUUGGCAAGGACUUUUUUUAAAAAAAAAGCCUUACUGUGCUCUGACUGGCCGGAUCUUCUCUUUUGACUAUACAGGAAGUAUCCAACAGGGCUUUUAAACAUCCGGAGGAGCUUUUUAGCGAAUGGAUUCACUCGAAGGAACCAACAAUCAAUACAAAGGAGUUUAUUU